UCCCCGGCCCCGCGGAGACCGAGCGGGCGGCGGGGCAGGGCGGCCCCGGGCGUAGGGGGCGGCGGAGGCGGGCGGCGGGGCCGCCGGAGGAUGCGGCUGCGGCCGGGAGAGGCGAAGCGCAGCGGAUCGGAUCGGAUCGGAUCGCUCUCGGCAGCGGGGCGGCACCUGCGCUGCCCGGGCUGCGGCUCCUGGCCCUCCGUUCCUCGGUCUGUCCAUCCUCUCCAUCCCUCCACCCAUCCGUCCGUCCAUCCCCGUGGAACGAAGGAUCUCGGAAAGGGGCAAAGACAGGAGGAGCGCCGGGGAUCGCCCCCCGAAGCGGUUGCCCUCGAAGGAGGAGCAGGGAGGCAUCGCGACAUCUUUCCGCUCCGCGUCGCUUCGGUUGCAACCUGGCAGUGCGCAAGGGCUGGGGAGAGAGCUGGCGGGGAGCUGGGCAGGAAAGCUCCUUCAGCUCCCGGCCUCCGAGCACCGCACCGCCGGUUAUUUAUACUCAUCCCCCUUUCCCUCCGUCGUCCGCUCUUCAGCUCGCAGCGGGAUUGAGGAUUAGGGCUGCGGGAGAAAGGGAAAGGCCUCGCUGUUAGGUGGCCGGUGGGACGGGGAUGCUGCGGGCAUCACCCCAGUGAGCAUCGGGGCGCGGGGGACCGCGGCAUUUCUGCGGGGUCGGAGCAGGGGAAAGCACCACGAUGCCCAGGAACAGGGCUUUCUCAGAGCCCGAGUGCUCGGCUGAGUACUCCGCCGACUAUUCGGUGAGCCUGCCGUCGGACCCUGAGCAUGGCGUGGGGCGGACCCAUGAGGUGACGGUGCGGAGCUCGGGACCCUGCCUCUGCCUGCCUCGCUUCAUGCGCCUCACCUUCACUCCCGAGUCCCUGGAGAACCUCUACCAGACCUAUUUCCGUCGCCAACGCCAUGAGACCCUCCUGGUGCUUGUGGUCUUUGCCGCCCUCUUCGAUUGCUACGUCCUCAUCAUGUGCGCCGUGGUCUAUGCCCCUGACAAACUGGCCCCAGUGCUGGCGGCGGUGGCCGGGCUGGUCACCCACGUGCUGCUCUUCAUCCUUUGCAAGUAUAAGCUGCUCCCCGAGCGGGUGGCCCGCAGGUUCCUGCCCUACGUCCUCUGGGUCCUCAUCUUGGCCCAGAUCUUCUGCUACCUGGGUCUCAACUUCUCCCGCUCGCCCGAGGCCAGCGACACGGUGGGCUGGCAGGCUUUCUUCGUCUUCUCCUUCUUCAUCACGCUGCCGCUGCGCUUGGCGCCCAUCGUGCUCAUCACCGCCAUCUCCUGCGGCAUCCACACGCUGGUGCUCGGUGUCACCGUCGCCCAGCAGCACCAGGAUGCCCUGGAUGAAGGCACGCUGCUCAGACAGAUCCUGUCCAAUGUUGCCAUCUACCUUUGUGCCAUCACCGUGGGCACCAUGUCCUACUACAUGGCUGACCGCAAGCACCGCAAAGCCUUCCUUGAAGCGCGCCAGUCCCUCGAGGUCAAGCUCAACCUGGAGGAGCAGAGCCAGCAACAGGAGCGGCUGAUGCUCUCCAUCCUGCCCAAGCAUGUGGCUGAUGAGAUGCUGAAGGACAUGAAGAAGGACCCGAGCCAGAAGGAGAUGCAGCAGUUCAACACCAUGUACAUGUACCGUCACGAGAACGUCAGCAUCCUCUUUGCAGACAUCGUGGGCUUCACCCAGCUCUCCUCCUACUGCAGCGCCCAGGAGCUGGUGAAGCUCCUCAACGAGCUCUUCGCCCGCUUCGACAAGCUGGCAGCCAAGUACCACCAGCUGCGCAUCAAGAUCCUGGGCGACUGCUACUACUGCAUCUGCGGGCUGCCCGAGUACCGGGAGGACCAUGCCGUCUGCUCCAUCAUGAUGGGGCUGGCCAUGGUGGAGGCCAUUUCUUAUGUACGGGAGAAGACCAAGACAGCGGUGGACAUGCGGGUGGGUGUGCACAGCGGGACAGUGCUGGGGGGGGUGCUGGGGCAGAAGCGCUGGCAGUACGAUGUGUGGUCCACUGAUGUCACCGUGGCCAACAAGAUGGAGGCGGGCGGCAUCCCCGGGAGGGUGCACAUCUCGCAGAGCACUAUGGAUUGCCUGAAGGGUGAGUUUGAGGUGGAGCCCGGUGAAGGAGGUUCACGCUGCGAGUACCUGAAAGAGAAGGGCAUUGUCACCUACCUCGUCGUGGUCCCCAAGCAGCCCCUGCGCAAUGGCGUCAACGGGGUGAAGCUGUCACUGGCCUCAUCCCAUGGCGGCUCCCCACCGUUGGUCAACACUAAGGAGUGCAACGGCAGCCUCAGCCUGGCCUACAUCAGCCCUGAGGAGCCUGAGGAGCCUGACUCCAGGGUGAGGGGCACCCUGGAGUGUGGAGAGGAUGAUGGAGAGGCGGUGAACCCCUCCUUCCCCAACCCUCGGCGGCGGCUGCGGCUGCGGGACCUGGCUGAGCGGGUGAUCGACGCCUCGCAGAACGAGCAGGAGCUCAACAAGCUGCUCAACGAAGCCUUGCUGGAGCGCGAGUCCGUCCAGGCGCUGAAGGGGAAGAGCACCUUCCGGCUCUCCAUGCGCUUCAUUGACCCCGAGAUGGAGACACGCUACUCAGUGGAGAAGGAGAAGCAGAGCGGGGCAGCAUUCAGCUGCUCCUGUGUUGUCCUUUUCUUCACCGCCUUAGUGGAGAUCUUCAUUGACCCCUGGUUGGUGGCCAACUACGUGACCUUUGUGGUGGGGGAGAUCCUGCUGCUCAUCCUCACCCUCUGCUCAUUGGCUGCCAUCUUUCCCCGGGUCUUCCCCAAAAAGCUUGUGGCCUUCUCCACCUGGAUCGACAGGACCCGCUGGGCACGCAACACCUGGGCCAUGGCUGCCAUCGUCAUCGUCACCAUGGCGGAUAUCGUGGACAUGCUCAGCUGCCAGCAGGACCACAGCGGGAUGGGCAACGGGACAGCAGGGCCACCCCAGGCAGGCGGCUGUGGGGAGCAGCCCAAGUACUACAGCUACAUUGCCCUGCUGGCCUUGGUGGCCACCAUCAUGCUGGUGCAGGUCAGCCACAUGGUUAAGCUGACCCUCAUGGUGCUGAUCACUGGGGCCACUGGUGCUGUCAACAUCUACGCCUGGGAGCACAUCUUUGACCAGUACGACCGCCGCCGUGGCCAGCAAAGCACGUCCUUGAUGGUCCCCUCCAAGUACUCCAUGACAGUGAUGAUCUUCAUCGUGAUGCUCAGCUUUUACUACUUCUCUCGCCACGUGGAGAAGCUGGCCAGGACCCUCUUCCUCUGGAAGAUAGAUGUCCAUGACCAGAAGGAGCGGGUCUAUGAGAUGCGACGCUGGAAUGAGGCCCUUGUCACCAACAUGCUGCCCGAGCAUGUGGCCCGGCACUUCCUGGGCUCCAAGAAGCGGGACGAGGAGCUGUACAGCCAGUCCUACGAUGAGAUUGGUGUCAUGUUUGCCUCCCUCCCCAACUUUGCCGACUUCUACACAGAGGAGAGCAUCAACAACGGGGGCAUUGAGUGUCUGCGGUUCCUCAACGAGAUCAUCUCUGACUUUGAUGCACUCCUGGAUGAACCCCAGUUCCGCUGCAUCACCAAAAUCAAAACCAUUGGCAGCACCUACAUGGCCGCUUCUGGAGUGACCCCUGAUGCCAAUGCCAAUGGCUACAGCACCAAGAAGGAAACCCUCUCGGAUAAGGAGCGCUGGCAGCACUUGGCUGACUUGGCCGACUUUGCCUUAGCCAUGAAGGUGACGCUGAUGAACAUCAACUACCAGUCCUUCAACAACUUCAUGCUCCGUAUAGGCAUGAACAAGGGGGCCGUGCUGGCAGGUGUCAUCGGUGCCCGCAAGCCACACUAUGACAUCUGGGGCAACACGGUGAAUGUGGCCAGCAGGAUGGAGUCCACCGGCGUGAUGGGGAACAUACAGGUGGUGGAGGAGACCCACCUCAUCCUGAAGGAGUACGGCUUCCGCUUUGUGCGCCGGGGAGCCAUCUAUGUCAAGGGCAAAGGAGAGCUGCUCACCUUCUUCCUCAAGGGCCGGGAGAAGCAGGGCUCCUUCAUCAGCGGCUCCUCCGUCACCCUGCCCCAUCAGGUUGUGGACAGCUCAUGAGGGUCCAGUGCCUACCCACCACCACAGCCACUGCCUCCCAGCGUCGAGCAGGGAGGCUCAGGGAAGGACCUGGACACGUCCACCCCACCGCUGUCCAGAUCUGAAACCAAACUUGAGAAACCACCCCCUUGGCACAGCCCUUUCCAAGCCCCUGCUUGGAUGUUCCUGGUGGGGGCUUUGCCCUACUGUGCCUGCAGCUGAGCAGGAGGGAGACACAGGC